GUCAUUUUCCCGAAUGGAGGAAAUGGUCGGUUUGCUCAACUCUGUUGUUUUCUUUUAGAUUUUGACUAAAAAAUUAAUAGGUGUGACUCAAACAUGACUGACAAAGAAAUUUCAGUGGAGGAACUCGAGGAAACGGUGAAGCGCACAGACGAACAGCUGGACAUGAUGGAGUGGAAGAUGGACAGCGUCGAGAAGGAGCUGGUGGCGCCCAUCAACACGCAGGACAUGUGUAUCAUGCACCUGCUCAAGUCCGUCUCCGAGGUGCGGUCGGACUACCAGCAGCUACGGCGUGAGCUGGUGGAGGUGCAGGCUCUGCAGCGAGAGCUCUCCUCGAGGCUGCGCACCCAGCUGAGGUUGGUCCACGGCAAGUUCGCGCGACUCCGGCAGCGCCUCGCCGCCGCCUCCCCACCGCGCUGAACACGCAACCACUCUCAACCCUCUCAUGUCUUACAAAUCUUUAGUGACGGACACCUGGGUCGGACUUAGAAAUUUCUGUGAAUCCUUCUUUUCGAACGAAGAAAAAUGGAAAUUAUGCACCCAAAAGGGUGAUGCGAGUAAUGAAAUUCGAAAAAAAAUCUUGAAUUGUCGUUUAGUUCUGACUAGAUGAAGUAUGGUUAUGGUUAUGGAAAUUUGUAAAAAUAUUACUUGUCCCAUAACGUGGGAUGUUUUCUAUGUUAUUAUUAAAUUGUAAUAUGUAAUUGCUUUUCGAUGUUGAGUUUUGUGUUUAUAUAUUGUAUUUUUACGGAGUUGUGUCGACUGUUUUGAUAUAUAUUUUUAUAGGUAGUUGUCUGGGCCUAAUUAAUGUUUGUUUUGAUUCGAUGUGCAAUAUUUUUGUAUUCUAAAAUUGUUACAAAUGUCUAAAAUGUUAAAAAAAUAUAUUCUAAAUUAUGAAGUAACUCCAAAAUCCUGUUGAGAUGUUCGUGAAGACAUGAGAGGCCUUGCCUCCUGAAGCUAUCUACU